CUGGCUGGGGCCGGCAUGGCGGGCAGCUGGACACUGGCGCUGGGCUUGGGGCUCUGCCUCGCCGCGCUGCGCCGGGGAGGCUGCCACCCCCCCGGCGUGGCCACAGCACCCCAAACCACAGCUGUGCUGCGGGACAAUUUCCGCCUGCAGCCGGGUGAUUUGGUGGCCACAGUGGGCCAAUCAUUGGAGCUGGAUUGUGUCCCCCCGUCGGGGCACCCUGAACCCCACGUCACCUGGAAGAAGGAUGGGGUGACCUUGGACUUGGCGGGUGACAGGUAUGUGGUCACCAACGGGAAGCUGCGGGUGGCACCGGCGCGACGGAGUGACUCCGGGGUCUACAUCUGUGUGGCGUCCAACGCGGCGGGCAAGAGGGAGAGCCGGGGUGCCCAUGUCUCCGUCCUGGAGAAGCCAACCAUCGUGCGGCACCCGAGCGAUGCCAUGGCGGUGGCCGGCAGCACCGUGGAGCUGGGCUGCAGUGCCCAAGGUGACCCAGUGCCGCGGGUGCAGUGGCACAAGGAACAUGGGGACCUGCCUUGGGGCAGGCACGAGGUGGAUGUGGAACACACUUUGCGCCUCUACGCCGUGACACCCGCCGAUGCCGGCACCUACGUGUGUACAGCACAGAGCCAGCUGGGCACUGCCGCCGCCACCACCCUCCUCCGCGUGGAGGACCGGCUGCCGACGGGCCGGCGGGAGGCUGCACCGUGGGACCUGCUGGCCGUGCGGCUGCACCUGGACAACGGCACCGCGCUGCUCACCGCCGCUGUCCGGCUCCGCUGGCGGAUGCUGGUGCCAGCGCCGGUGCCGGUGGGCUACAUGGUGCUGUACCGCUGCCUGCUCCCUGCCAGCUCCUCCUGGAUCCAACAUGACGCAGGCAGGGAGCUCAGCGCCAUCAUCCCUGCGCUCCGCAGGGGCUACAAGUAUGAGUUCAAGGUCCGACCCUACAUUGGAGGGACCCAGGGCUUGGACAGCAACAGCAGGCACCUCUGGAUACCCGAGGAAGUGCCAAGCGCGGCACCCCAGCACGUCACCCUGGGCCAGGCUGAGACGGGGAACGGCACCGUGGUUGUGAGCUGGGAGCCGCCUCCUCCUGAGGCCCACAAUGGCAUCAUCCAGGGCUACAAGGUCUGGUCCAUGGGUGAGGGCUGGCAACACCCCAUGAACAGGACAGUGGACGGAGGCACCCACUACCUGGAAACCCUCCUCCCAAGCCCUGGGGCCGAAUUCUGCGUCCAGGUGGCGGCUUUCAACAGCGCGGGACUGGGGGUCCCCAGCAAUGCCACCUGCAGCAUCCUGGGGCUGACAGCGGGGAGCACCAGGGUGGCCCGGGUGAUGCGGCAGCCCGUCGUCAUCGCAGCUGCCGGCUCAUUGCUCUGGUUGGCCUUGCUCGCCCUCCUCCUCCUCCUCUGCCAGCGCCGUGCCAGGCAGGAUGCUGCGGCUCGCCGCAGGCUGGUGGCUGGUGACUCACCGUGGCUCAGUGGUCCCUGGAAACCUGGCUGUGCACCCCAAAACCUCAGCAGCAGCAGCAGCCUCAGCAGCCGGCUCCUGGGCAGCGAUGGCAGGGACCCCCACCCCUCCACCCUGUCCUUGGAGCCACCAAGCCUCAGCCCUCCCACGCCCCCCACACGCAGCACCCUCCGUGGGGGGCACCCACUGCCCCCUGGGGACACGGGAUGCUGUGGUGGGGGGCACCCCGGAGUGUGCACCUCACCCAGCACCCCGAACCCAGCACCCUGGGAGCACAUCUGCAAGAGAGAGCUGCAUCAAGUGCACAGCACCCCGCUGCUCACGGGUGGCCCUGGCCACAUCCCUGUCACUGGAAGUGGAGGCGAGUGGGGGACGGAUUUUGGGCUGGCAGCUGGGUGGCCUCAGCAAAGGGGACAUGAUGGUGACACUGCCACUGUCAUGAUGGCUGGAGGGGACCGGCAGCAGCUGCCAGUCUUCAGCUCCCCAAAGCCGCGACGGGGCAGUGCCUCUCUGGCCUCCAGUGUCACCAGAUCACCAGCGACACCCCCAAGACCACCCCAUGCCUGGCACCCACCAGUGACCCGGUCCCCAGCCACUGUGUGCCCCAGGGACAUAUCCCCGGUCACCAGGCGCCCCAAGGACAUGUUCCCAGUCACUGGGAUCCCCAGGGACAUGUCUCCAGCCUCUCAGCACCCCAGGGACACAUCCCCGGUCACUGAGAGCCCCAGGGAUGCGUCACCAGUCACCAGGCAUCCCAGGGACAUGUCACAGGCCACCAGGCACUCCAAGGACCCAUCACCAGCCACCAGGCACCAAAGCGACACAGCCUUGGCCACCAAGCACCCUGAGGACACAUCCCUGGUCACCAGCUGCCCCAGGGACAUGUCUGUGGUCACCAGGCAAUCUAGGGAUGCAUCACCAGUGACCAAGUGCCAGAGGGACAUGUCACCAGCCACCAGGCACCCUGAUGACACGUCCCCAGCCAGUGGGAACACCUCUCCAGUCACCAGGCUCCCCAGGGAGAAGUCCCCAGCCACUGGGCACCAGAGGGACAAGUUCCUGGCCACCAGGUACUGCAAGGACGUGUCUCUGGCCACCAGGCACCCCAGGGACCUAUCACUGGUGACCAGGCACCCAAGGGACGUGUUCCUGUCCAGCAGGUACCCCGGAGACAUGUCACCAGUCACCAGGCAUCCCAUGGAUAAAUUUUCAGCCACUGCCCCCCCCAGGGACACAUCCCCAGGCACCAGGCACCCUGAGGAGAUGUCCCCAGUCCCCGGGCACUGCAGGAACAAGUUCUUGGGCACCAGAUACCCCAAGGACAUGUCCCCAUCCACCAGGUACUCCAGGGACGCAUCACCAGUGACCAGGCACCCAAGGGACACAUUUCUGGCCACCAGACACCCAAAGGACAUGUCACCAGUCACCAGGCAUCCCAAGGACACAUCCCCCACCACCAGGCACCCAAGGGACACAUCUCCUGGCACCAGGAACCCUGAGGAGAUGUCUCCAAUCCCUGGUCACCGCAAGGACACAUUCUUGGGCAGCAGGUACCCCAGGGACAUGUCCCUGGUCAGCAGGUACCACAAGGAUGUGUCCCAGGCCACCAGGUGCCCCAGGAACCAAUCACCAGUGACCAGGCACCCAAGAGAUAUGUUCCUUAUCACCAGGUAUCCUGAGGACACAUCACCGGACAUGAGGCAUCCCAAGGACACACCUCCAGCCACCAGGCACCCAAGGGACACAUCUCCAGGCACCAGGCACUCUGAAGAUAUGUCCCCAGUCACUGGUCACCAGAGGGACAUGUUCUUGGGCAACAGGUACCUCAAGGACAUGUCCCCAGCCACCAAGCACCCAAGGGACACAUCCCCGCUUCCCGGGCGCCUCUCGCCAGCAUUCAGUGAUGGGGUCCUCACGCAGCAGCGGGUGGCUGAGGAUCUGGAGAUGGACCAGAACACCACCUGCCCCAGCCCCCCAGCACCAACGACAUCACGGUCCUUCUCGCCACUGCACACAUAUGGCUAUAUCUAUGGGCCACCAGCCUCUGAGCUGGGGGAGGAGGAGGAGGAGGAGGAGGAAGAGCAGCCAGCAACACGGGGCUCGCCAGAGGGGUCCUUGCUGAACGGCUGGGGGUCUGUCUCAGAGGACAACUUCGCCAGCGCCCGCUGCAGCUUAGUGAGCUCCUGCGAUGGCUCCUUCCUCCUGGACGCCAGCUUCGCCCGGGCGCUGGCUGUGGCCGUUGAUGGCCUCUGCUUUGGCCUCGAGGACACCGAUGGAGCCUACGGGGGUCCCUCACCACCACCAUCACCCUUGGAGGGGGUCUUCUCACCUGGGGUCCCCAUCCCCCCCUGGGACUGGGGGACAGUGCUAGGGGUCCCACGGAGAGUGAGGACAGAGGCGGCCAUGGGCAUCCCACAGCAUGGUGGCCACAGGUCUGAGAGUGGCAGCCCCUGGGCCAGGGCAAGUGGCGAGCCAGGGACAGGAGGGACAGAAGCGUGGCGGUCCCCAGGGUGUAGGACACAGCAAAGCCAGAGUCCCCUUGGCUCGGCUAAAAUCCAGCUUUAUUAAGCGGUUCCCCAAAAAGGGGCUCUUUGCUAGCAAAAGCCACCCACAAAGGGUAGGUGGCACCAAGAUGGGCGGGUGUCCCUCCUUCUCCAGCUUCCUUGUCCUCCCCAAGUCUCCCCAUCCCUUCCCAGCGUCCUUCUUCCCCAGCAUCCUCGUCCCCCCAGCCAUCCUUGUCCAACCCAAACACUGUUGUCCAUUCCAAGUGUCCCUGUCCUUCCCCAGGGUCAUUGUCCCCUUGACCGUCCUCAUCCCCGCUGACUGUUCUCAUUCCUCCUGACUGUCCUCAUCCUUCCUCAGCAUCCCUGUCCCACCUCAACCACCCCUGGCCCUCCCAGCUGUCCUCAUCCCUCCUAAGCCACCUUGUCCCUCCUGAACAACCUUGUGCCCUUUCCGAGUGUCCUUAUUCCUCCUAAUCAUUCUCAUCCCUCCUGAGUAUCCUUAUCCUUCCUCAACUGUCCUCACCCCCCCAGUCUCCUCGUCCCUCCCUACCAUCCUCAUCCCCCUGUGACCAUCCUCCUCAUCCCUCCCUACUGUCCUUGUCCCUCCCAAGUAACCUUGUCUUUCCCAAGUGUCCUCUUCCCUGCAGUGAUCCUCAGCCCCUGGGCAUCCUCAUCCUUCUGCAGUGUCCUCAUCCCCCCCAACCUUCCUUGUCCCUCCCCCACAUCCUCAUCCCUCUGCAGUGUCCUUGUCCCUCCCAUGUAUGCUUGUCCCCACAAAUGUCAUCCCUUCCAAGCAUCCUCAUCCCUCCAGGCCACCCUUGGUCCUCCCCAGUGUCCUUGGCCCUCCCAAUUGUCCUUGUCCCAGGGUCCCUGUCCUGCCUAAGCACCCUCCUCAUGCCUCCCCAGCAUCCUUCCCCCUCCCCAGUGACUGUCCUUGUCCCUCCCCAGCAUCCUCAUCCCUCCCAAAUGUCCUUGUCCCCAGGAUCCUUGUCCUUCCCUGAGCAUCCUCCUCAUCCCUCCCCAGCAUCCUCAUCUGUCGCGACUGUCCCUGGUCUCCACAAGCAUCCUCAUCCUCCUUCAAGCAUCCUCGUCUCUCCCAAUUGUCCUUGUCUCCAGGCUCCUCACCCCUCCUGAGCAUCUUUGUCCCCCCCAAGGUGACUGUCCUUGUCCCACCACGAGCAUCCUUGUUCCCCCCUCACGCUGCUGCCCACGGGCUGCUGGCUCUGUGCAACCCUAUUUGGUGCCACUCAGAAAUUAAAAAGCAUCCCUCCCAUCCC